UCCGUAGCAAGAUCAGUGGAACAGUAUACGAAGAAUUGAUUAUAUUGCGUUGGUACCAUAUGCAUUUUCUUUCCUCGUAAAAAUUUAUUCUUAAAAAGAAAAAAGUUUUUCUUGGGGUUAAUAACGUUAAUGAUAGAUUAUUUUUCUUUCAAUCGUGAAAUUAUAUACGUAUUAAGAAUAUAAGGAAAAAUUAUAUAUAGUAAGUUCGCCGGUAGUAUAUAUACAUAUAACCAUUGCGUAGUUCUUUUGAGUGAUACAGUGAAGUCGUAACCGGUGACUAGUAAUGUCGACAGCACGCAGGAUCAAGAAGAAUCAACGACGAAUGGAAGACACUCGUCAACAAGUGUUAACGAAGGAACCACCCGAGAUAUCUUGGGAGAACACACUCGGAGCGCCGGAUGGCGUUCCCUUCGAUGACGACACGAAGGAGUUACUCAGAAGAUGCAUCGAUGUAUCGACACCGACACCUACGACCUUGUCACAAAUCAUGAAGCGGAGUGAGGCCUUUCCUAUAAACUUUCCAAUUAACACCAUAAGAUGUUCCGCCCUGAAAGAAAGAGGAAUUAGCACGAAUAUUCUUGAGAUGAAUGCGAACUCAGUUUAUCCUUUGAUACACGAAGCUAUGUUACCAUUACUUGCUCGGUGGUUAAAGUAUAAACGACUAUAUGGAAGUGCAAUUGAGAGAGCCAUGUAUAAAGACAUGGGAUUGGUACAGUUCGUUCAUCGUUUGCUAGAAAAACGAGCUGUGCAUUUCUAUGGAUCUGAAGACCGAUGGAAAUUGAUCGAUGGUAAGACAGGUGUGAACGGAUGGGAGAACGUUGGCACAGAUCAUGAGAAAGAACCCCUGGUAUUGACAAAAUGUUUGUCAUACGACGAGAUUAAAUUAUCUGCGAUGUUGGCGAUGUCUUCUCACACGGAAUUCAUAAAUGAUGGUGCGCGGGAGAACAGAGGCGUCGUGAAUACCGAUCCAGACGCUGUACAGCCGAGAGGAGUCAUUAUGGGUAUUGUGGGAACAAGAUUUGUACGACCACGUUUCAUGGAAUACCAAGACAUAAUUAUCACUCCUACGCAAAAUACUGUCGAGAAUGGAUACGGACCACACACGAGUGGUAAUUCAGAAGAAAUACGCGGGCUGCGCGAUUUAUGGGCAAAAUUUUAUGGCGAGGAUUAUCUUCCAUUGUACGAUGAAACGCUGAAGCGAGUUAAAUCGAAAGAUAACAAAAGAUAUCUUUCAAUAAACAGUCAAACGAUCUUUGAUAUCGAGAAUUACAUGAAGAGAACACUGCUUGCUGUAGAAAUCAUACUUCUCGACGCAAACACACGCGCAGAAAAACAAAAUACAACUGCUUACUUACACGUUGUGGGUUUUGGUCUGGGGAUAUGGAGAAUAAUUCAAGACCAAGAAGUAUACUUCUUAAAGACAUUCGAAAUUGCCCUCAGAAAGAUGAACAAGAAACUGAGAUACGUAUCUGAUAUAAUGUUCGCAUACUUCCACCACCAGAAGUGCGGCGAAGCCGGAAACGGCGAUUAUCUCGGAGAUAUAAGAAUACACUUUGCCCUUAGAGAACCUCACAGUAAACUACUCAGGGCCUCAGAUGCAAAUAAGCUUCUCGUAGUAACAUACGCGUGGGACGGAAACGCGUUGCCAGGAAAUGAAUUUUGGGGUGGACACUUGCAAUCAAGCGGAGAUUCUGCAGCAGCGUGCAGUACCCAGAUCACAGAAUUACACACUUUUAGAAUAAAUCCUCGAGCAUGUGGAGCCAGCUUGCACGUUGCAUCUGCACAGCAUGGUAUUUUGCACAUAUCGGAUUACGCGAAGUUACAUCUUGCUUAGGAAAGGGCUGGCCCAAUGGGCACCGGUCAGCGAAGACCAUCUCGAUCUCCUCGUAGUCAGAGGAGUCGUAGCGCAGAUGUGG